AUGUUUCCAAUCUUCCCAUCACCCUUUCUCGCAGGAGGCUGGUUUGGCAGCCCAAUGCUGUUCCCUCAAGCUGGCGUCCUGCCCAACUUCGCUUCGAUGUAUUGUGCCGAGGACGAGGAGGCAGACGGCGAAUGGACAGUCUCAGGGAUGGGUCCUAGCAGAAGAGAAAUUCGCCGGCUGCAGCGUGAAGGGCUUGUGGGUCCGAUGCUGCAAGCUCCAGGAUUGGGUCCUCAUGGUGCUGUUGCUUUGCCUCCCUGGAUGGCACCUUAUGGCUGGGCUCCACCUGGCGGGCUGAUCGGCUCUCCUCAUGGUGAGUGGAGCCGUCAGUAUCAGAGAUCAAUUGGUCAGAAGAGCAAGGCGCUGAAGGGUCUGAGUUGGUAG